GGCCCGCCAGGUAGCGGACCUACCCAGUUUGGUCCACCCUACUACACCUCUAUGGUGUGGGGACGCGGAAAGUGAGACUGAGAAAUACCACAGGAGAUCGACGUUUUUAUCAGUAUUCUUUCCGCCAGAUUUGCAGCCUAGCUACGCACGCAAGGAUUCCGUUUGGACCAGACUUUUUCUUUCCUCUUCUUCUUUGCCCCUGAAGCUUCAGUGUGGGAGUGCAACGACUGUCGGAGUAAGGCGGGGUGGGAGACCAAACUGGGGAUAAGUACCGCAGCAGGCACCCGGCACGACGAUCUGGACACCGGAACAGGACCCCAACUACAAGAAACACAACGGAUAACAAGCGACAAUGAUUCCCUAUGUCCUAUUGACAGUCGCGCUGGUGCAACAGCUGUCUACCAACGCAGAAGGGCAGGCAGUAGCCUGGGAUGACUGGUGGACAUACGAGGGCAUCACCGGCCCACAGUUUUGGGGACUAGUGAAUUCAGACUGGGUGAUGUGUAAAGACGGCAAGAUGCAAUCCCCAAUCAACUUCCGAGCCAACCAGAUCUUAUAUGACCCCAACCUGAUUCCCAUCAAUUUUGACUCUGAUACAGAUAAGAUGAACGGCACACUGCUCAACACGGGUCAUGACCUGACCUUCCAGGUGGACGACCGUAAUCGUGUGAACCUGACUGGUGGGCCGCUCAGCUACCUGUACAGGCUGCAGGAGUUGAGACUCCACUACGGAAGCAUCGACUCCCAGGGCUCCGAGCACAGCGUGGACGGGUACAGCUUUCCUGGAGAGCUGCAGCUGUUAUUUUACAACUACGACCUGUACGGGGACCUGGCGGAAGCCACCAAAGGCACCAGUGGACUUGCCAUCAUCUCUCUCUUCAUACAGAUUGGGAAUUCAACAAACCCAGAACUGGACAAACUCUUGUGGUCUGACAGAUUACAAAACGUCACAUACAAAGCAAACCAAACUAGCCAGCCUCUUCAAGACAAGUACGGUAAACUUAAAGGCUCUGCAGCUAGGGUGGAGGACUUCAACCUGACCAACCUGUUCCCCACCACGCCCCACUACAUGACCUACCAGGGGUCGUUGACCUCCCCAGACUGUGCGGAAACAGUAACAUGGAUAGUCAUGAACAAGCCUGUCUACAUCUCCAGAAAAAAGAUGAACCAGCUGCGUAAUUUAUGGCAGAACACAAUGGGUCAGAAAGAGACUCCCCUGGCAGACAACUUCAGGCCUACGAGUAACCUGAACUCCAGGACUAUCCGCACCAACAUCAACUUCACCACUAAGGAUAAAAUGGGGAAACCAUGUCCAACUAUGAAGAGCAAAAAGGCAUACCAAACGAACAGUUGGCUGGUGAAACCUACGUCGUGAAGUCGGAGCAGCCGACAACUGUUAUCAUCCCAACACCACAUUUGAAAUGCAAUCCCACAAUCCAAUCCUCCUGUACAGAACAACCCCCCCUUCCCUGAGUGUGUCCUCCCAACAAAUGAGAGAAAAAUACUCCUAGAUAUGAAAAUACAAAAUUUCUACGUAUGGACAUACAUGAAAAGU